AUGCCACGUCAUGAUUUUGAGCAACUAAAACGAAAUGUUAAAGGUUUGGUCUUAAUGAACUCAUUCUUUUCAACAACACUCUUUCGAAAUGUGGCCGAAAUGUUCUGCGGCGACAAUGCGGCGCGUCCACAAUUUGAACUCGUUCUCUUCGAAAGUACCGUUAAUCCACAUAUUAGUGGUUCUGUACCCUUUGCGGACAUCACUCGUUAUAGUUAUGUUCAAGAUGAAACUGAAAUUCUUUUUUCGAUCGGCGCAGUCUUUCGUAUUCUGUCCGUCGAACAACUAGAUGAUUCGAAUCAAAUACAUUAUGUCAGAUUGGAACUGUGCACAGAGAACGAAUUGGAGGAACUGUACACAUUUUUUGCGGAGUCGAUCAAUUCAGAAGAGGUAUCAUUGCUCACAUUUGGUCUUGUUCUUCGUCUGUUUGGUGGUCACAAACGAGCGAAAGAAUAUUGCCAGCGUCUACCGGGGAGCUCUGCUCAGCACAAUGUAAAUGUCGCCUACCUUCACCAUAAUAUGGGUGUCGCCCAUGCAUGCGUAGGUGAAUACAAUGAGGCGCUAGCGCAAGAUUUAAAGGCACUUCAAUAUAACAAACCGGAAGCAAAAGACGGGCUGUUGUUGAUCCUAUCAUCAAUCGCACAGACUUAUCAAGAGCUUGAAAUAUGUGAAUGUAAAGCAGAUAUGGAUAAAAGAAUGAAUCAUUCGGAACAAUAUGAUCGCAGGACAAAUCUACGUUUUCUCGGGAUUGAUGAAACGGAAAAUGAAAAUACAAAUGAAAUAAUACUACAGACUGCUGAGUGUCUUAAGAUACCAGUCUACGAAAUUGAUAUAUCACGAAAUCAUCCGGUUGGAAAAUAUAAUCCUCAAACACCUACUCCUCGCCCGAUAAUCGUUCGCUUCACGUCUUAUCGUCCACAUGAAUUAUUUUAUAAAAAUCGUAAAUAUCUUAAUGAAACAGAUUACUACUAUAUUACAGUACGCGCAGGUCCUACGAGAGAAAAUCUAAAUUUAUUACGACGUU